AUGCUGCUGAUGAACAAUAGUGAUGGGGGAGCUUUGUGUAACAGUAGUAGUGGUGGGGGCCAGGGGAAUGGGACAGACGGGACCGAGGUGAAUAAGUUCUUGGUGCCCAUGCUGGACGGCCUCAUCCUUGUGACAGGCCUGGCGGGCCACUGCCUGGUCAUCUCCAUCCUGGCUGGCCGCAGGAGGCGAGGUGAUUGAUUGAUUGACUGAUUGAUUGACUUUUGGGGUAAACAUUUUGUACAGUUAGAAACUUGUUAAAAAGUACAAAGAAAGAAGCCCGGAGGACGACACAUGAACGUGUGAAAGAAAAUAUUUUUUCCACUGUGUGUGUAGGUGGGAUGCCUCCUCAUGGAACCGACACCCUGCUGCUGGCUCUGAGUGCUGCUGACCUGCUGCUGUUGCUCUGCCUGCCCUUCCACACCACCGCCAUCGCCCUGGGCUCCUGGCCCUUCGGCAGCUUCCUCUGCAAGGUCCUUCAUCUCUUGAUCUUCUCAUUCUUUGACUAGGGUUCAUUUUUUAAUGUCCUUCCAGAUUUAGAUCUUCAACAGAAUUUUUAUUAUCGUGUUGUAUAGUGCCUUGGGUAUGAGAAAUGCGCUUUAUAACUCUAUUAUGAUGAUUGAUUAUUAUUAGGCCGUCAGCUUCCUGGGCGUGGCCUGUUCUUCCGCCUCAGUCUUCACGCUGGCUGCGCUCGCAGUGACCCGCUACCUGACUGUGGUCCACCCCACCUGGUCCUACCGCUCCCGCAUGCACAGCCGCCUCAAACUGACCGUGGCGCUCCUCUGGGUUCCCGCCACAGCCCUGGCAGCUCCGCAGUUUGCUUUCCGCAUGGUGGCGGUGUCCAGCGUGUUCCACUGCUUCGCCUUCCUGGGCGGCCUCAGUCAGCUGGUGUAUAGCACGGCGUUGUUCCUGUUUGCCUUUGCGAUACCAUUGGGGGUUAUUGUGAUGAUGUACGCCAAGAUCUACUGCUUCCUGCGCCAGAAGAGACUGUUGGGACAUGCCCCCCAGCUGGAGCGCUACCAGAGCCAGGUAACCUGACUAAGAUGGCCGCCAUCCUGUAGUCAUGUUGCCGAGAUAUCCAUGAACCAUUCUAGUGUUGCAUCUAGUUUUAACUCUAUGCAUUCUAGUGUUCAGUUAACUUCUGUGACCCACAGGUGACCCACACGUCAGCGCUGCUGGUGCUGGUCUUCACCCUCUGCUGGUUGCCCUCCUAUGGCCUCAUGUUCUCCCUCUUAGGUGCCUACAUAAUUUUUUUAUUUUUUAAUCUGAAUAUUGUCUUUUCAAUUGUUGUAAUAUUGUGAACUGGAUUAAACUUCUAUUGCUCCCUCUCUCCCUCACAGGGGGCAAGAUCUCCAGUAUCCCCAGCUACCGCUGUAUAGCCAUCUUUGUCCGCCUCCUGGCGUCUUCUGCAGCGGUGGUUAACCCCGUCCUCUACAUGUUCAUGUCCAAUAAGUUCAGGAGGGAUCUGAUGGACUUGGGCCGGGAGAGAUGGGAGGGGUGCAGGCGGUGUAUAGUAGGGUGUAAGGGGGUGGUGGGGGGCAGGGACAUGGUGCAGCCCUUCAACCCUGUGGAGCUGGAUACGCCACCACUACCCCUACCCGGAUUCUAA